CACAUAUUGGCGCUUGUUGUGGUUAUGCAGCACGUGUUAUCAAUUAUCGGUCGCAAAGCACGCCUAUCUUUGCCCAACUCCUGCAAUGACUCCAGCGUUGAUUACUGAAACAAAACCUGAGGAUUGGACAUAUAUCUCUGAGGGAGGGGCGACUAUCGUAUUCUCGUAUCGAGGACCUCACAAUGUCCAAUUCUCUGAUCAUGUCCUACGUCUCCGUAAAGUCACUCACAGGUCAUCAGACAACACGCUAGAUAUCGACACUGAACAACCAGACGAUCCUAUGAUCGCCUUCCAAGAGAACAUCAUCUCAAAACUCGUUCCUUCUAAAUUUCUGCCGAGUCUUGUGAUGGUGGUACUCGAUGAACAUUGGCUUAGGUCACUUGUUGUCCUCCGUGAUGGCGAUCGCCCAGCAGGGAGAAGGCAGAUGGACCAGAUUGAUGUUCACAGGAAGAAGGGUGUGUUAGCUACGGAUCUCAUUGGGGGUUUGUCCAUCGCAAUGGAAAUCAAGCCGAAAUGGGGAUUUUUACCUACAGAAUGCCACCUCUCGCCUGAGACUGUCGCUUUGAAGACAGCAGUUUGCAGAUUUUGUAUGCAUAUGAGCUUCAAAAUGGAGCAAGGGUACGUAGGUACGGCCUAUUGUCCCUUGGACCUUUUCUCUUGCGACGAGACGCGUGUUAGGAAGGCCUUGGAUGCUUUGUGGGCUGGGUGGUAUGAAAGCGACGGGUCUCUCAAUAACUUGCGGUUCUUCGUCGAGGGCAGAAUGACAAAACCAGACGAUGAUUACUUGGUACAAUCGCUGGCACGCUUCUUCACGGCAGACAAAUCGACUGACCUUCAGAAUCUCCGGGAAUCGUUCGCAUCCUUUCUUGCGCAGGCACUUCUUGACAGUCCCGUUCUCUCCCUCCUAUCAACUUUGCAACGAACACUGGAUAUACUCGAUAUAGAGGGCUUAUCUAAGUUAUACACACAAACAUUGCCAGGUUUUCCAUGUGACGGUCUCGGGUCUUCGGUUCCUGAUCCUUCUAUGGAGGAAUGGGAGGACUUCGUCAAAGUUUACCAGUCUGAUUAUCAUUACUGGAAUCAUACAAUCCCAAGUCCUGGUCACCUCCGGCAUUAUCUUAUGGCAUACCUUCUUUCAGCGACGUUCAAGGAUUGCUCUAUCAUUAUCCGGCCCAAAUCCGCGCAAAUAGGCUCGUUUGAUAUCAAAAUCAUCGACAUGGAUAUCAAGCGCAUGAAUCGCUUGGGGAAGUGGGAAAAGUUAGACAGGCAAAUCGUGGAAUAUUAUAAAAGUUCACGCAGCCAGAGGCGUUGCAUCGACAGCCAGCGCGUUGGUCAAUUAGGGUGUACAUGAUUGUACCCGAAGUGGCGUUAGCAAGAUGUAUCACAAACUGAUUUCUGAAUACCUCUGGAGAAUAUCUAGGAUGAGUGAUUUAUGAUCGACAUUUGUUCUAUAGUGACUGUAACUGAUAUACAGGAUGUAUCCAAAGACCGCACUGACUUGAGUUUGGCUCGUACAUCUCCAUCAAGCGCUUAUCAGACUCGGACUUGACACAACAAACUGCUAGUAUAAUUGAAAGAGCUUUUUGGAGUCGUCGGAGAGUUGUUAUGACUGCUCUCCUGUGAUUGGUCCGAACCCUGCGCAUUUUAAGAACAAAGAUAGCAUCAAGGAGUUGUCCCCGUUGUAUCUUUUGUUUACUGAUGACGCUGUAUGCGGGAAAAUCAUACGAUCGUGAUCGCGAUUCUAGUAUCCUGACGUUAAAUGCUUUCUGCCC